GGCCCCCCUCUUCCUGACCUUUUCCGCUCCUCGUCCCAUCGCCCGCGUCCCCUUCCUCCCUCUUCCCGAAAAACCAAGCGAGCGCUUGGGUCGGAGACGGGAUCGGCUUCUUCUCUCCCCAUUCGCCAGCGGAGCUCGCAUUCCAGGUCCCUCCUUCGAAGAUCUCUUUGUUUGCGAAAUCGCUUCUUGAUUCACUUGGUGUUUGAUCUCUGUUUGAUGCUUGGGUGCUGGCUGCAUUGGGGUCGUUCGCUUGUUCUUGGCCUUUCCAAGAAACGUGACUUUGAUUUCCUGGAUGCUUCGUCGCCGAAUCCAGAUCUAUUGUCACAUGAUUUGCUGCGACGCUAUUGUGGAUUCUGUGUCUCGAGCCGUGUUCUUUUCGAUUUUAUGGGCAAAAUACCACCUUUCCGCGCAUGUUUCCUUGGUGCCCCCAUUUUAUCCUUGUUCAAGAUCCAUUCUUUCCCCUAAUUAUUCUGCAAGACGAGCAAUUUUUUUUGGUCAAGAUCCGAUCUUUCACUCAGGUGUUCUUGGUGGUGUUGAUUGUUUUGUUCAAAAUCGUUUCUUUUUCCUGAUAGUGGAUGAUUCGGUUUGCCAGAAGAACAAAAGAAACACGAGGUUUGGAAUACCAUUCUAUGCUUAAUGUUUUACCUUCAUCAACUUCGUGUUGGAGAGGAGAGGAAGAGAAAGGAAUCAUCGCUUUUGUUCUUCUUCUUGUGAUAUAUGAAUGUUCUAAUCUUGUUUCUCUUCUGCAUUGUUCAGGUCUCCACUUUUCGAUUUCAAUCAUCAAUUUCUUGAUCGAAUCCCUCAUUCCUGUUUCCCCUGUUGAUCUCAGGGCGAAAGAUCCCGCCUUUCUACCUCCAAGCGGCAGGUUACUCUUAUUUCGAUCUCGAUCAUGGCCGAGGCCGAACAGAGACCCAAUGCCCCUUUGCUCCAAUCAUCGUCCUCCCGUCUCCCUGAUUUCAAGCAAUCCGUGAAGCUUAAGUAUGUCAAGCUUGGUUAUCACUACCUGAUCAGCCAUGGGAUGUUCCUGUUCUUCUCGCCCCUCAUCGCCGUCGUCGUCGCCCAGCUCUCCACCUUGUCCGUCAAGGACCUGCACGACCUCUGGGACCAUCUCCGCUUCAAUCUCAUCUCCGUGAUCUUGUGCUCCGCGCUUCUCGUCUUCCUCUUCACCGUCUACUUCCUCAGGCGCCCCCGCCCGGUUUAUCUGGUCAACUUCGCAUGCUAUAAGCCCGAAGAAGCCCGGAAAUGCACGAGGCAAGUCUUCAUGAACAGGUCCACGCUAACAGGCUCAUUCACGGAAGAGAACCUCGCGUUCCAGCGUAAGAUCCUCGAGAGGUCUGGUCUUGGCGAAUCCACCUACCUCCCUGAGGCUGUCAUCAACAUCCCUCCCAACCCCUGCAUGGCCGAGGCCCGGAAGGAAGCCAGAACCGUCAUGUUUGGAGCCAUCGAUGAGCUUUUGGCGAAGACGAAUGUGAAGCCCAAGGACAUCGGCAUACUCAUCGUGAACUGCAGCCUGUUCAAUCCCACGCCUUCUCUUUCCGCCAUGGUUGUCAAUCACUACAAGCUUCGUGGAAACAUCGUCAGCUACAAUCUCGGCGGAAUGGGGUGCAGCGCAGGCCUUCUCUCCAUUAAUCUCGCCAAGGAUCUCCUCCAAGUCUAUCCCAACUCAUAUGCAUUGGUCAUCAGCAUGGAGAACAUCACCUUGAACUGGUACUUCGGCAACAACCGAUCCAUGCUCGUCUCCAACUGCUUGUUCCGCAUGGGGGGAGCCGCAAUCCUCCUCUCCAACAAGAGAUCCGACCGCAGGCGAUCAAAGUACCAACUGGUGCAUAGUGUUCGAACCCACAAGGGAGCCGACGACAAGUGCUUCAGUUGUGUCACCCAAGAAGAGGACGAGAUUGGCAAGAUCGGCGUCUCCCUCUCGAAAGAUCUCAUGGCAGUCGCAGGUGAUGCCCUGAAGACCAACAUCACCACUCUCGGCCCGCUAGUCCUGCCCAUGUCCGAGCAACUCAUCUUCUUCGCGACGUUGGUGGCCAAGAAGUUGUUCAAGAUGAAGGUCAGGCCUUACAUUCCGGAUUUCAAGUUGGCAUUCGAGCACUUCUGCAUCCAUGCGGGAGGAAGGGCGGUGUUGGACGAGAUAGAGAAGAACCUGCAGCUCUCGGAGUGGCACAUGGAGCCAUCGAGGAUGACACUCUACAGGUUCGGGAACACCUCGAGCAGCUCUCUGUGGUAUGAAUUGGCGUACUCGGAGGGGAAGGGAAGGAUAAAGAAGAAGGACAGGAUCUGGCAAAUAGCAUUCGGGUCGGGGUUCAAAUGCAACAGUGCUGUGUGGAAGGCUCUCAAGACUAUCAAUCCUGCCAAGGAGAAGAACCCAUGGAUGGAUGAGAUUAAUGACUUCCCGGUUGUGGUUCCCAAGGUGUCAGCACUCUGAAUGAUACACGAUCUUUGUUCGCGAGGCAGCAGUGUGUCCGAUUCAGAGUUGAGAGAAGGUGGUGCAUCAUCUUCUGUGUAAGCGAAGGAUUUGGUGACUAGAGUUGAGAGAAGACAUGCACCCAAAAAAAAUGUCAGACUAGUAGGAGGGUCAGUAGCACUGCUUUUUCCUAUUGAUUUCGUUAUUAAUGCAAUCCUUUGGGUUUUCUUAUCAGUUUCCUUGUUUAAGUAGCUAAUGCGUCUUGUUGAUUGGUGCCUUUCUUUUUGUUGGUUAUGAUCAUCCAUUAGUGAUUGCCUACUUCUCUUGA